GCAUGCGUCGAAGACAGGAAGUUAAACAAUCAGCUGAUGCUGCCUCUUGUUGUCGUUGAAGGCAGAAGUUGCCGUUGUUCGCUCGCCCUGCUGCUCUUUCUCGGCCGCCGACACCGACGAAACAUUAGGCUCGUAAAAGGAACACGGCGGACUCACAAAAGGCCGACAAACAAAUGUGUAACAAGGGGACGUGUUUCCUACCGAGGAAUUUGAUUGGGCGGAAGAGGAGCUAGCUCUCAACGCUGGUAUAUUAGCGUGAAGGAACGAAGAAAAACACCUCUUAACCCGCUUUGUCUUUUUACAACAUGAUUAGUGGAUCCUCUAUUUGUUUGAUUUCCUGAUUUUUUUCCUUCUAUUUGUACUUAAUCUCCAACGCAAUCAGAGCGGGUACCUCGUCGGCAAAUGUUAGCCAGCACAGUCGCUCUGUUGUUGCUGCUUUCGUAACUUGCACAUACUGACAGAAUAUUCCAGGUUAUUUAUUGAUUAGAUUGUUUUGUGGAGUUUAUUUUCCUCUGUAAUCGCAGUGCAAACUUGUUCUCGUGAACGAGUCUAUCUUGCUGUGUGAGCCCUCCAGAUUACAGAAUUAGGCAGCAGUUUGACUGACAGCUGAUACUGUACUUGGUAGGUUGUGUAAUUUGUUUUUGCAAAACUUUCCAUCAGCUUACCUACUGUUAAAAUUGGAAGUUGUAAGGACUGGGUCAUUCCAACAAUUUUAAAUACCGCAUGUCAUUGAUUAAGGUGGGCACCUGUUACUGGAAAAGUGCCACUCUGAUGCCCACACAUGACUAUGGUGGCUGUUUGGCUGAGGUAUGAAUUAAAGUAGUCUAGGUAAAGUUGUGUGCACACUGAUCAGGGAGGGAGGGAGAGAGAGAGAGAGAGAAUCCUUCAGUGGGUUCCAUUGUGUCUUAAGGUGAGCCACCCUCUACUACUUGCCAAUGCUGGAUCUGGAGGUGGUACCUGAGCGAUCACUCGGAAAUGAGCAAUGGGAAUUUGCCUUAGGCAUGCCAUUGGCCCAAGCCAUCUCUAUUCUCCAGAAACACUGCCGCAUCAUCAAAAAUGUCCAGGUGCUUUAUAGUGAACAGACACCAUUCAGCCAUGAUCUCAUACUGAACCUGACUCAGGAUGGCAUUAAACUGCUUUUUGAUGCAACAAAUCAGAGACUUAAGGUGAUUGAAGUGUACGACUUGAGCAAAGUCAAGUUGAAGUACUGUGGAGUACAUUUCAACUCUCAAGCCAUUGCCCCCACUAUAGAACAAAUAGACCAGUCAUUUGGAGCUACUCACCCUGGAGUUUACAACGCAGCAGAACAGUUGUUCCAUCUAAACUUUCGAGGACUGUCUUUCUCCUUCCAACUAGACUCAUGGAACGAGGCUCCAAAAUACGAGAUUCCACACGGGGCCAUGGUCAAGAGGAUGCACAUCUAUACUGGCAACAAUCUACAAGAAACAAAAGCACCAGCAAUGCCAUUGGCCUGUUUCCUUGGUAACAUCUAUGCAGAGUGUGUGGAUGUUCUAAGAGAAGGUCCCGGGCCUGUAGGCCUUAAACUCCGCCUCCUAACCGCUGGUUCUGGUCCUGGUGUGAUGGGUGAUGCUAAAGUCAGGUCCUUGGAGAGAAACAUCUACUUUGGAGACUCCUGCCAGGAUGUACUCGGUGCUCUGGGUUCUCCGCAUAAAGUCUUCUACAAGUCUGAGGACAAGAUGAAGAUUCACUCUCCAUCACCUCACAAGCAGGUUCCUUCCAAAUGUAACGACUACUUUUUUAACUACUUCACCCUGGGAGUGGAUAUCCUGUUUGACUCGACAUCUCACCUGGUUAAGAAGUUUGUCCUCCAUACUAACUACCCAGGACAUUAUAACUUCAAUAUUUAUCAUCGAUGCGAUUUUAAAAUUCCACUUGUCAUUAAAAAAGAAGGGGUGGACUCACAGACUGACAACUGCAUAUUAACUACUUAUAGCAAGUGGGAUCACAUCCAGGAAUUGCUAGGCCACCCUAUGGAAAAGCCUGUUGUGCUUCAUAGGUCCUCGUCUGCCAAUAACACUAAUCCCUUUGGUUCUACUUUCUGCUUUGGACUGCAAAGGAUGAUCUUUGAGGUGAUGCAGAAUAGCCACAUAGCAUCAGUGACCCUCUACGGGGCUCCACGGACCAGCAGUCGAGCCCGACCCGAGUCCAGUAGCAGCGCCCACUGAGCAACACGUAACCUGACUCUCUCAUUCAUGUCUUGAACGUGUGCAGAAUUGAACCCCAGCAGACUGAAACCACAACAACAUCCUAAAAAUGUAUUGCAUUGAAUUCAGACGCAACAAUAGCAUUUGUUUGCCGGCUGGCUCAGAGGAAUGAAUUACUCCUUAAAUCAGAAGAAGACUUGUCCUCAAGACAUGAUCUUUGUUGGAUAAUGAAGACUGAGAAAUGAGGUCACAAACUGACGGUGUCCCGGUACAACUCAAAAAAAGGCAGGGAAGUAUGUGCUUUUCGAAUCGUGAAGUGCAGCUCGGAGAUUGUGUGAAGCUUUUCAGAUACGAGAAGCAAACAUUUGCCACUGUGGACUUGUGAGAGCCACCAGUAAAAAAAAAACCCAAAGUGGCUUGAUCCUGUGAAUCAUCAAUGACCAACACCACUGCCAGCAGGCCGCUUCUGCUUGUCUUCCUGCCACAACAACAACAACAACAACAAAAAGAACGUGAGACGCAAACCACCCCGUUCCCAGGAAGUAUCAUUCAUGCUGCAGGAGAAGAAGAAGAUCCAAUUGUUGUUGACCGAGAGAAGAACCAUUGCCCAGCUGGGAAGCCUCUUAAAGCAGAACUGUCCGAACAGUGAACAAAAUCUGCAUGAGCUAACCUGCUUAAUCUGCUCCUAUGAUUUCAACAGACGUUUGUUCCGCGCUAAAGUCAACUGGGCUUUUUCUUGUAGCCCCCAAAUGCAGACAAAAACUGAAUGAAGCUGACCUGAAAGGAAGCCAAACAGAAGCACAAAUUGAUAACGUCCUUUUUGUUUUCAUCCUGCGUGUCAGAAGAGUUGAAGACUCCGCAUUUUCUCUCUCAUCAGUAUUACUUUGCACAGUAACCUUUACUUUUUCAAUAGUUGGCCAAAACCUAAAGACAUUUAAUAUUAGUUUUGUUUUUUUAAAUCCUCAAGACACAACUUUCUGGAAUUGUGUCCUUGGUGUUGCUGCGUGCGUUAAAUGUAACAAACAUGACACACUAUUGUGUCGCUUUUCAUCCCCUGCUGCUUCUACUCGUUUGUUGAGCUGCCAAAUGCAUAAACCAAAGAUCAUUUCUUCACACUUACAACUUUUGGAGAAGGGAAGCAAGUUGUUGUACAUUCAGUUCUGCACGUCAACCUCAAACAUGGAAAUUCAACUGAUUUAGUUUGAACCAUUAUUGCAGACCUACAAAGGAGUAAAAGGGCCAUUCUUGGGGUAAAAAACGACUUAUGGCUGUCAAAUGUAAUGAGUUAACACAUGAUUAAUCGCAAAAAUGUUCGUAUUUGUCCUGUACAGUGGGGCAAAAAAGUAUUUAGUCAGCCACCGAUUGUGCAAUGAAUGGGGCCAUGUAUCGUGAGAUUUUGAGCCCAAACCUCCUUCCAUCAGUGAGAGCUUUGAAUGGUUGACCAAAUACUUAUUUUCCACCAUAAUUUACAAAUAAAUUCUUUAAAAUUUUUACAAUGUGAUAUCCUGGAUUUUUUUUCACCUUCUGUCUCUCACUGUUGAAGUGUACCUAUGAUGAAAAUUACAGGCCUCUGUCAUCAUUUUAAGUGGGAGAACUUGCACAAUCGGUGGCUGACUAAAUACUUUUUUGCCCCACUUUAUAUGCUCGGAUUAAUCAUUUAUUUUAUUUGAAGCGCUCCUUUACUGAUUACCAGAAAGGCUGCGUUGUCAUACAGUCAGUGAUCAGGUCAAUGCACACGUCAUCCUCUUCAAAAUACACACCAACUGCACAUUAGAUACAACUGUAAAUAAAUGGCAUUCAUUCAGUAAAACUUACAAAAAAAAAUGUUUGUAUGACAUUCUGACAGUAAAAUGCAUCAAAAUAUUAUUUAGCUGAUUUAAACUUUGCAAGAAAGUAUUUUGAAAAGUAUGAUCAAUCUGAUUUUAAACAAAAUCUAAUUUGACAGCACUGAUACAAAUAUAAGGUGUGAAUUUAUAAGAAAAAAAGAAAAUGCAAUGAGAAUGAAAUAGAAAAAAAAAUGCUAGAAUUAGGGAUGGAUAGAUGAACUGAUUUGCAUCAUGUGUUCAUGCAAGAUACAAAUAUAUUGGUAGCGCAGAUUUAAAUGACUGCAGUUCAGAGGGAAAUUCAAGACUCGUCUUUAUUCAAUUAGACCAGGGGUGUCAAACUAAUUUUAGCUGAAGGGCCGCAUGGAGGAAAAUAUAUUCCCACGCAGGCCGGAAUGGUUAAAUCAUGGCAUAAUAACUUCAAAAUAAAGACAACUCCAAAAUUGAUUUCUUUGUCUUACUUUGGCCAAAAAUAGAACAAACAUUCUGAAAAUGUGCAUAAUACAAAUACUCUUCUUAACAAAACACUUUGAGUAAGUUUAACAAUCUGAGGAAAAAAUUGGUACGGUUUAAAAAAAACAGCAUGAAGAACACAAUAAACUUACACUUUGUGUCAAUGUUUUUGCAAAGCCAUUAAAUUUUAAGCACAAUAUGUUUAGGAUGCUCAUGUUGGCAGUUCACUAUUAAAAACAUUUGGAAACACAACUGAGUGAAGUGAAGUGAAUUUUAUUUAUAUAGCGCUUUUUCUCUAGUGACUCAAAGCGCUUUACAUAGGGCGUGUUUCCUCAAAUUGGUGACAUACGCAACUGCCACAACACAUUCAUUUAUCAUCAUUCAAAUAUUACAAUUAUAAACACAACAAUCAUCAAAAUGACAAGGUAGCCGAAAUCAAGGUAACAUAAAUACGAACUUAACCAAUGUGAACGUAGUAGAUUUAAGCAUAAAAUAAAACAAACACAACAAAUGUAGAAACACACAUUUUUACAAGGGAGUUCAGGCUUCGCAUCAUAUAUUUAAUCAGUUGCACGUGUUGCAUGGAAGUCCAACUAAAAAAAUGUUGGUAAUGUUGACUUAAGUCUUUGCAUCUUAGCGUUUCCUUAAUUUAUCUAUUGAGUGGAUACUUUACAAUGAAAGAAAGUAUUGUGCGUAUUUUUUAAUUAGUGUUGUGUGUGAAGUGGAUUACAUUAGAAUUGCCAUUUCGACAUCCAGUGGACACAUUUACAAUAGCAGUUUCUUUCAUUAAAAAAAUGCAGCUCAUUUUUAUAUUCAGCAAUCUCAUUUUGCGGGCUGCGAGCCGUAUUAAGCCUGUUUGCGGGCGUGAUACGGCCCACAGGUUGUACGUUUGACACCCCUGAAUUAAACGAUGCAUUUCAACAAAAAAAAAAAAAAAAAAAAAGAAUUACCCGAAUUGCAUUUUAUAGCUUCUUUAAGCGUAGCAAAGAAUUGUGGGUAGGCCUGUGUAUGUAACAACGACUACAACAAUAUACAAUUUCACCUCCAGAUUUCAAAUCUAAUGUUUGGCAACACUGGAUUUGACAAGAGAAACAUGAAUCUUGAUUUGAAAAAUGCUGCUGUCAAACACUGAAGCACAACUAACCUCACACUGUGACCCAUUUCACACAAAAACUGGGAAUGAACAUUAACCACUCUGCAUAUUUGAAGGGUGAUCAGGGUGUAAACCUAACUGAAUGGCCAAUUGCUGAUGAUCUUAAAAGUAUCUGAUUGUUACUUAUGAAUAUAAAUAAUAUUCUAUCAGGUGGAGAUGACCAAGAAGGUGAAAUGAAUCAAUUUUAAGAUUAAACGUUGCAAGAAAGUUCCGCAAUAAAAUUGGCAAUCUAAUAUAAACUAAUGUAAAAGUUUUAAUACUAGAAUAAGAUGCAUUUAAUAACUGAGACACAUACCAACGCUUUCUUUUCGCUUAUAAAAUAUUACUCCAAAAUUCCAACUUUUCCUGUCAAUGUCAUAUUUUCAUGCUAGAUUUUGUCGUCCUUAUUCAAGUAAAAUGUAUUAUCUUCCAAGACCAAUAUAUUUUUAAGAUUUUGAUAGUUGUAAAAAUAUUCAUAUUCUUUUUCUACUUUUUAUGAUCAAAUGUCUUAAUAAAAACUUAAGUCCUACACAAAAACAUCAAAAAUUUUAUGUUUGUUUUUUUUUAGAUCAGAUAAUGUCACAGGUGUAAAUAAGUCAAAUAACUUAGGUUAUGCAAAUGUAUGCUAAUUAAAUAUGAUGACAUCAUUCAAGCAGAAGGCUUACAAAGAGUUAAAAUAAAAACAUGUUUGAUAUUUUUGUUCAGGGCAGAAGCUGAUUGAGUGUUAAUCUUUUUAAAACAUUGACUUUUUUCAUUUUUCCUUUCGCAAUGCCAUUGUACCAAUUGUGGUUUUUUGUUUUGGUAACCAUGGAAACUACCACAGCUCACGUUUGAGCCAUAGAAUCAUGAACGGUCGUAUUAUUGAGUCAAUAAAUGACAAGCAGGGAAAGACAAUGUUUCCCGUGUGGACUGCAUGGGAGAGUUCUAGAAGGUGGUUUUGCACCUCGGGAGUCAGAAAUGUCUUAAUCUGGUGCAUGCAAGAUGUUGAGCAUCUACUCAAUGGUCCUCCCUCCAGGAUAUUUGAUAAUAUACAUAUUAACACAUUCAAACCUUAAAAAAACCCUGGCAAAUUUGGACCUACAGUUCCUUUUUUUAGCAAGUUUUUGCCUUGAUUGCAAGUGACUCAUGCAUGUCCCAGAAGAGAAUAAGACAAUGUACAUAAAUCCAAUAUUUCCAAACAAAAAACGUUAAGUCAAAAUUUGGCAGGGUUAUGAAUCAUUUCAUGCUUGACUGUACAUAUUUGUUCAAACGUGUACAUUUGAAGAAAGAAUACAGAAAAAAAAAAUGUGCCUCACUUAAUCCCCCUAACCCCCAAACCUGUGUUGCUAGCUCCCCUAAAUAUGACAUACAGUAAAUCAUGUAUAUCUCAAUAAAUGUGAAUAUUUUUGGGGAAAAAAAACAAAAACAAAAACUUGUAUUUCAGGAGUUCAAUUCAUAAAGUGAAAUAUUGUGUAUAUUCACCACAAACGGAGUGAAAUAUUUAAGAGAUAAACUUAUUUACAAUGAUGAUGAUUUAAGAUACCAGUUAAUAAGAAACAAAUUGAAGAUGUGAUAAACUGUAAAAUUGAAUAAAAAAUGUAGUUGAAUAUUGUAGACCAGGGGUUCCCAAACGACGGCCCUCAGUUUAAAAAAACAACAAAUUUUCAAAAUAUAUAUAUAUAUAUUUUUUUAAAUCUGUCUUUUCUAAUCCAUUUUCUACCGCUUGUUACUGUCGGUGUCUCCUAAGCGCUCAGGCAAAUCAUAUUGUCUAAAAAUGCAUUUUUUCAUCAAUUAAUUCGCGAAUAUAUAUAUAUAAUAAAUAUAUAUAUGUAUGUAUGUGUGUGUAUAUAUAUAAACAUAUUUGUAUAUAGAUAUAUGUAUAUAUAUAAAUAUGUGUGUAUGUGUAUAUAUACAUAUAUAUGUAUAUAUAAAUAUGUAUAUAUAUAUGUAUGUAUGUGUGUAUAUAUAUAUACAUAUAUAUAUGUAUAUAUAUAUAUAUAUAUAUACAUAUGUGUAUAUAGAUAUAUGUACAUACAUAUAUGUGAUAACACUUUAGUAUGGUGAACAUAUUCACCAUUAAUUAGUUGCCUGUUAACAUGCAAAUUAGUAACAUAUUGGCUCUUAAUUAGUCAUUAUUAAAUACUUUUUAAUGCCUUAGUCUGCAUGGCCUUAUUACACAACCAGUAAGCCAUUAACUAAGAGUCUUCCCUCAAUAACCUCAGAAUUACUGCUUAUUAGUAACUCAAACCCUAACCCUUAUACCGGUAUGUUCCCCUAGUGUCCAAAUAACUAAAUAAAGUCUUAGAUACCUAGAAAAUAUGUAACCCAUACUAAAGUGUUACCAUAUAUAUAUAUAUAUAUAUAUAUAUACAAACCCCUUUUCCAUAUGAGUUGGGAAAUUGUGUUAGAUGUAAAUAUAAACAGAAUACAAUGAUUUGCAAAUCCUUUUCAACCCAUAUUCAAUUGAAUGCACUACAAAGACAAGAUAUUUGAUGUUCAAACUCAUAAACUUUGUUUGUUUUUUUGCAAAUAAUAAUUAACUUAGAAUUUCAUGGCUGCAACACGUGCCAUAGUAGUUGGGAAAGGGCAUGUUCACCACUGUGUUACAUCACCUUUUCUUUUAACAACUCUCAAUAAACAUUUGGGAACUGAGUAAACUAAUUGUUGUAGCUUUGAAAGUGGAAUUCUUUCCCAUUCUUGUUUUAUGUAGAGCUUCACUCGUUCAAUAGUCCGGGGUCUCCGCUGUGGUAUUUUAGGCUUCAUAAUGUGCCGCACAUUUUUGAUGGGAGACAGGUCUGGACUGCAAGCGGGCCAGGAAAGUAUCCACACUCUUUUUUUACGAAGCCACGCUGUUGUAACAUGUGCUGAAUGUGGCUUGGCAUUGUCUUGCUGAAAUAAUCAGGGACGUCCAUGAAAAAGACGGCGCCUAGAUAGCAGCAUAUGUUGUUCCAAAACCUGUAUGUACCUUUCAGCAUUAAUGGAGCCUUCACAGAUGUGCAAGUUACCCAUGCUUUGAGCACUAAUGCACCCCCAUACCAUCACAGAUGCUGGCUUUUGAACUUUGCAUCGAUAACAGUCUGGAUGGUUCGCUUCCCCUUUGGUCCGGAUGACACCAUGUCGAAUAUUUCCAAAAACAGUUUGAAAUGUGGACUCGUCAGACCACAGAACACUUUUCCACUUUGCAUCAGUCCAUCUUAGAUGAUCUCGGGCCCAGAGAAGCCAGCAGCGUUUCUGGAUGUUGUCGUUAAAUGGCUUUCGCUUUGCCUAGUAGAGUUUUAACUUGCACUUACAGAUGUAGGGACGAACUGUAUUUAGUGACAGUGGUUCUCUGAAGUGUUCCUGAGUCCAUGUGGUGAUAUCCUUUAGAGAUUGAUGUCUGUUAUUGAUACAGUGCCAUCUGAGGGAUCGAAGGUCACGGUUGUUCAAGGUAGAUUUCCGGCCAUGCCGCUUACGUGGAGUGAUUUCUCCAGAUUCUCUGAACCUUUUGAUGAUAUUAUGGACCGUAGAUGUUGAAAUCCCUAAAUUUCUUGCAAUUGCACUUUGAGAAACGUUCUUAAACUGUUUGACUCUCAGCAGUUGUGGACAAAGGGGUGUACCUCGCCCCAUCCUUUCUUGUGAAAGACUGAGCAUUUCAUGGAAGCUGCUUUUAUACCCAAUCAUGGCACCCACCUGUUCCCAAUUAGCCUGCACACCUGUGGGAUGUUCCAAAUAAGUGUUUGAUGAGCAUUCCUCAACUUAAUCAGUAUUUUUUGCCACCUUUCCCAACUUCUUUGUCAAGUGUUGCUGGCAUCAAAUUCUAAAGUUAUUGAUUAUUUGCACAAAUAAAAAUGUUUAUCAGUUUGAACAUUAAAUAUGUUGUCUUUGUAGCAUAUUCAACUGAAUAUGGGUUGAAAUUUUUUUUUACAAAUCAUUGUAUUCCGUUUAUAUUUACAUCUAACACAAUUUCCCAACUCAUGGAAACGGGGUUUGUACAUAUACAGUAUAUAUAUAUAUAUAUAUAUAUAUAUAUAUAUAUAUAUAUAAGUUUGGGGACCCCUGUUUUAGACUAUUUGUUUGCAUGCUAAUUAAAAAAAAAGCCCUGCAUAAACUUUUUGGGUUCCUUUAUCUGAAUUGAACUCUUGACAUGGAAUGUUUUUUGCGCAAUAUUUCAAUGUAUUGAGAUGCAUUGUGUGUGUGUGUGUGUGUGUGUGUGUGUGUGUGUGUGUGUGUGUGUGUGUGUGUGUGUGUGUGUGUGUGUGUGUGUGUGGUGUGUCAUAGCAGCAUCAUACAUGUUGCUAUGAUACUGUUAAUACCUUUACUGCAUUUUUCAUUUUAUUGCAUUUUCUACAUGUUUUUGUACUUUAUCUUUUUUUUUUCAUUUCUUAUUAUUUCUUGUGAUUCGCUAUCAAUCACAAGGACUCUAAAAAAAUAUACCAGUUUCGGAUCUGUACAGUUCAAAUGAGUGACAUAUCACAACUGUGUUCUAACUUUCGAUCGGUGUGAAAUAGUGAGAGGUGAUUUCAAUGUUUGUUUUUUCCAUUUCAUGGGAACGUGAAUGAGUAUUAUAAUCAUAAAGUUUUAAUUUAUAAUGCACCGCCUCAUCGUGGUUGGAAUAGUACUCGUAGAAACACUUUUGUAUUUUCUUUUGUUCCCCUCUUGGUGAUUAUUGUUGGACUCGACCAGCAUUUCUUCAUUAUCCAUUCCUUGGAAUUCAAGGUGAUGAAUUAAAACGUGAACAUGAUUGUAAAGAGAUCUUAGAUGCUUGUUGCUCUGCUUGUGUAAGAAAGCCAUCACUCAGCAUUUGGACUGGAAAAAAAAAGGCAAUAAUGAGAUGAUGCAGUGCAGAUAGUGGACUGAACACGCUGCAUCUGGAAAAUGUUUGCUUGUUGACAUAAAUUUUGGCAGAAACAAUAACUACUUUUUGACUUGGAAGAGUGUAAAAUGCUCAUUGAGAGAGCAGGAUGUUGGAACAAAAUAAAACAAUGGAUGUGACCAA